AGUACGUAAACUGCGUCGGGAAGGGAAGCACCAACCGUGCUUGCGGGGGCGACAGUGAAUGGUUCUAACCAUUUUCGUUGACGAACUAAAGAUAAACGAUAUGUGGUGAUUUUGUGGAAGUUUAUGCUCAUAAUAGUUGGAUCCAUCUAGUCUUCAUUAGUCAUAUAGUCACAAACUAUGUCACGAUCCACCAUGCCGACCACAUCGUCCGAACACUCGACCCCGACUUCAGCUAAGGUGAAGCGCAACCCUUCGAGCGUCAGCCGGAAGAGCAACGGCGACAGCUACAACCUCAGCAACGGCAAGACCUCCCCGUUGAAGCCCAAGUCGAAGCCAUGCUGUUCCCAGUACCACCUGAACAGCGUGUGGUCCAUCUGGUACUGCCUGGUGAGCCUCGGUUUUAUGGCCUACCUGGUGUACAACGGCGUGAAGAGGUUCCUGCUGUACGCGUCCUUGCCCUGGCCCCAAGACCCGCCCUUCGUCGAACUCAACGCCUACGUCGGACUCGUGGGCGCGUCCGUGGUGCUGCUGCCCUUCUUCCUCGUGACGUCACUGCUGAAGGUGGGCAACUUGGGCAACGACGGAUUCAAGCUUGGGGCGUCCCUCUCCACCUGCAGUAGGGACCCCCCGCCGGUACUCGAAGCGGCUAAGGGAGUCGUUAGGAACUUGUGGUUACACGGAGUGCCGACAGCGCCCUUUCUUCACCUGGUGGCCGCCUUCUGCCUCCUCCUUCCCCGGACCCUGAUGGACGCUACUCUUAUCUCCGCCGGAUUCCUUCCCAAGGAAGAGAUCUGGCGCACGGACCUGGACUUCCUGGUGCCGCACAACGACCGCGUGGCCGUGCUGGCGCCAACGUGACCAUCAGCCCCCACACGCCGUCGCCGCCGCCCACGCCCGCCCACGGACUCCGCGCGCCCCAUCGUCACCCGUGAGGAGGCGCUGCCCAAGGCGCUGCCGGAGGAGUCCUUCGCCCGCCUGCCGGAGAACGGCGGAGUGGAGCCCGUCUCGCCCGAGCUGCUCAACUACGCCGUCGCGCUGCUGGUCUUCGCUAUCAGGUACCCGUCGGUGUUCUGGCACACUAACAAGGCUUUUGGCAUCCUGUUCUCCCUUCAGCUGGUCGUUAACGGCGUGCACACCAUUCUCACCCUUGCGGCCUUCAACAUCCUCUACAAGCUCCACGUCUGCGGACCCGAGAAGGAGCUCCACGGCGCCGAGAGUUUCCUGCUCAACCUGCCUGCCACCGUCGGCCUCAUGCUGGUGGCUGUCAUGGUGGUCACGGUCUCCUCCUCCGCCAUCUACUUCUACGGCUACCAGAAGUUCAAUAGCUUCUUGAUCAAGAGCAAGCAGCGAUUCCACAUCACGUUGGCAACUACGACAAACGAGCCUACGAGAUCCGCCGUACGCCCCUCACGCGCCGCCCUCGUGCCCUGGUCGCCUGGGUCUGUCCCACGGGCCGCUCCUGUGGGACCUCUCCUCGUGUACAGGGGCUCCCUCGACGCCGUGGUCCUCGCUGCCGUCAUCGGGACCAUCGUGCAUCUGUUCCUGUGGAUCGUGGUGUGGCUGCUGCUCACGGUCAAGUCCAAGUGGGAGUUCAAGUUGCGCGUGACGGUCGCCCGCGCGUGCGUCGCCUCCGCCCGCUCCAUCAAGCUCGUGAACGACGUCGAGCUGAUCUCCAGACCCCAGCCACGCCCACACGCCCUCCUGGUCGUGGGCGCCGGGAAGGCCUAUGCCAUCACGGACGCCACGCCCAAAAAGAGCAUCAUGAGUGUUGUUCAGAAGGACAAGCGCGCGCGAGGCCACCAGGAGGAGAUCUACUGGCUGAGGCCCACGCAGCCCGCGCUCCCCCCCGGCAAGAGCAUGUCGCCGCGGGCCAAGGUCACCUUCGACGAGGCAGGGAUCAUGACGUCGCCAAGGAGAGCGCGGGUCAACAAGUCGCCGAAGCCACAGAAGUCGACCUACCGCCGCGCCUCCACGCUCUCGGAAUCGGAGGAUGAGGCUGGCGACUACGCGCUGCUGAGGGAGGGGCCGGAGAACACGACUCAGCAGGCGGCACAGGAGGAGGACCCGAGAUACGUUGACCGGCAGCAGAUCCUGGCCUACCGUCGCGCCAUGGAGGAGCGCCUGUCCUCGCAGCCCUCGCAGGUGUCCUCGCUAGACACGCAGGGUCCCCUCACGCCACGCAGCACAAGGAGCAACGACUCAGGGAUGGUGCAGGAGGAACGGUCUCAGCGCAGUGACUCAGUCUCCACCUCCUCCUCCAACACGCCGCCGGAGAACUCAGAGGAGUCGGGAGUGCACUCCGGGGCCACUGACUUGAUGAGGAACAGGUCGAACAGCGUGGACGACCUGACGCAGCUGCCCCCGACCCAACCAGGUGCUGACCCCCCCGAAGGCCAUGUCCAUGCAGCGGCCGCCGCAUAGCUCCUCCCCGGGCAGUCCUUACGGAUACACAG